AUGAAAAGUCAAGAAGAAAUUAAUCAGGUGCACGGCUAUGGUCAAUUCCAAAAUAAUCCCCGAUCAUUCAAUCGGAACUAUAACCAAGGCGGGAACUACAACAACAAUGGGACUUUCAACAACAACAACCGUCAAGGGAAUUACCAAAACCAAAAUCAGCCAAAACGGUUUCAGCAGACCAACUUUAACCAAGGUGGAACAUCAAAGAAGGAGGAAACUGAUGGCAACAAUUUGGACAAAAUCAUGGAUUUCAUAACCCAAACAUAUCAGAAAACCGACACUAACUCCAAGUCCAUAGCUGCUAUUGAGAAGCAGAUUGCUCAACUGGCGGAGCAAAUUGGGAAAAGAGAUGAUGGCAAGUUUCCAAGCGCCACAACAGUCAACCCAUCUCAUACCCCAAGACCCGGAAAAGAGCAUCAAGUGAACGAGGUAAUCACCUUGCGUAGUGGGAAAAAGGUUGACAACAAGGUAAGUGCUCCUACCUUAGAUAAUGAUAGUGAAACUGAAGUCAUCUUUGAUGAAAAAGAAGAGUUUGAGAAAGAUUUUAAAUCUGAAAAACAAAAAGAAGCUAAGGGUAAAAAUGACUCUAAAGUUGGGGAGCAUGGUGUGGAGGUUAAUACCGCACCAUACCCUUCGACUUUAGAGAAACCGACAUCCUUCCCUUUUGGGAAGCGAGGGCCAAAAAUGGAAGACAUGUGGGAUCUAUUUAGUCAAGUUAAAAUAAAUAUCCCAUUAGUCAAACUUAUUAAGGAGGUGCCUUCAUAUGCAAAAUUUUUAAAGGAUUUGUGUGUUCAAAAACGCAAACUCCAAGCACACCUCCCUAAAAAGAUUGACUUAACCGAGCAUGCAAGUUCCAUAAUAUCAAAUAAACUUCCACCCAAGCUUAAGGAUCCCGGAGCACCUUUAAUUUCUGUUACCCUGAGUAAUAUUAAUAUCAAAAAGGCACUCCUUGAUCUUGGAGCUAGUGUUAAUAUAAUCCCGGGAAAUCUUUUUGAUCAACAUGACUUAGGCACUUUGGAACAAACUGAUAUUAUUUUGCGAUUGGCCGAUAAGUCAACCAAAAUUCCCCGGGGUAUAUUAUCAGAUGUCAUCAUUAAGGUGGAAGAUUUCUAUUACCCAGUUUAUUUUCUUGUGCUUGACACCGAUAGCACUUAUAAAGAAAGUCAACCUUCUAUUAUUUUAGGUCGUCCAUUUUUGGCAACAAUAAAUGCACAAAUUAAUUGCAGAACGGGUGCAAUGGAUAUCUCUUUUGGAAAUAGGAAACUUAGAAUUAAUAAUUUUUAA